AUGUAUAAUGUAGAUAAAUACUUUGAUUUUGAUUCUGAAAAGAAAGCAGAAACUAAAUCUAAAAAAAAGAAAAAACAGCAACAGCAAAUGAUUUUAUUUCUCUUGUUGGUUGCCGGUAUUGCUUACUAUUACUUUAUGGUUUAUUUACCGGAAGAGGAAAUUAAAAAACUAGAAACUAAAUUACAAGCAGAACUUGACCGAGUGAAGAAUGCUAAAUCAGAUGAUGUUGCUGAAAUAAAAAUCUCUAACAUUCUAGUUGGCCGUUAUAAUGAGGAUGCUAAAUUAUUUCCAGAUGGAGACAAGCAUGAAGACUUUCACUUUUCCCGAGCUGCCAGUUAUGAUAUUCACUUUCCACCUUCCAUGGAGGAGUUUUUUAAAUUAGGGAAAGAAAAAAAUAAAAAAAACUGUUAUCUAUUGGAUAAAAAUGAAGAUUUGAUCUGA